GAAAUGCUCUAUUUUGAGAGCUCUCAACCAGCAGUCGAGAAAACUCCAGCUCCAAUAGUGGAUAAAAAUGUCAAAAUUGGCAGAUGUGCAUUACAAGCCAGUAGGCCUGUGUGAAUUUUCCUUUCAUCCGAAGGAGAUUCGGUUGAAUCGCUGCUGCUUCAAAUUAAAUCCUUGCAUCAGAUCUUACAGCCAAUCUGAAUUCUCAAAUCAGAAGUCUCUGGAUUAGUUUGUAGCUGUCUGAAGGCAAUUCAGAAUUUCAGUGGACUUCCUGGCUGUGUCUAGCUGUGGCUUUGUUCGCACAGCUUUCCUGCCACGGUGGAUGAAGCUGAAGGGAGGGUGGCCGGGUGUUGAUUGGCAUCGCUGGCAACCCUGAUCUUGGCGUUGGGUGCUGUGUGUGUCUCGCUCUUCUGCUACAGCUUCUUUAGGCAGAUUCACCUGAAAGGAGAGAAAGAACUCCAAAUUCUCCUGUAAUGCUUUUUUGAAUGGGGGUGUGGAUUACAGAGGGCCCAUCUUUCUGAUGCUUGGGGUGGCUGUUUCACGUCUCCCCUUUGCUUCACUUCUCAUCAGCAUUCCUCUGAUUCCGCAGGAAAUCUGGCCACAGGAAAGAGCUGCGUUUGGGACCCGGGUGAGCAGCCCGGCCCUUCCUCCGGACACCCUCUGGGCAUUGAGUGGGCGGGGCUGUGCUGGCUGAUGCAGCGGGCAAGGCACAAAGCGUUGUCAAGAGGGACGUUGCUGUGCAAGAGGGGCUCUCUGGCAGAAGAAAUGGCUGAUGGCAGUCAAUGUGGCGCCUGCCAGAUGUUUCCAUGCCAAAUUGGCCUAAAAGCUUUUGCUGGUAGUUCUGUCAACUCCAGGGGACUCUCCUCCGUUGCUGGUGUCAUCUGUUAGGGCUGCUUAAGGAGGUGGUAGCCAAGUCCUGCACUUGGUCGCCUGGUGUCACACCAUCAGUCUUGCCUGAACUUGGGAGCUUUUUUUAAAACACACAGAAUUGCCCAGUCUGUUCUCAAAAAGUACCAGACGCCACAUUUAGCUUUUCUUAAAUCACAUUCUCCUGCCUUUUCAAUGCUGUCGUCUUGUUCUAAAAGUUUGGAGCAAAAGGGAAAAAAUGCUCUUUUCUUCCAGGACUAGUAGUUAAAAGUUGGAGGUGCCUGGAUGUUAAUAAGCAGCUGGGCAGCUCCUGUGUCCUCUUCCACAUGGGCAGAUAAUCGUGUGUGGGAGUAGCCACUUUGAUGACCAUCAGCUGACAUUUUCUGUCUUAUGUAGUGGUUUUUGGAAAGAAAGUGGUUUGAUGGUGGGCAGAGCUCCUUUAGACGAGCAGGUGCUGCCCCACCGAAGUGGGGAAAGAGGGGAAGAAAAGCCAUUGGCAGAGGGCCCCCUUGCCCUCUUUCAGACUCUUCAGUUGAUUUCUGGAGAGUAAAAGGGGAUGUUCAGCCAAUAUUAAAUCCUCUACCUGGUUGCACAGAGGUUUAGGUGCAAAAAGACAACAGACCGAGAAGGUGAGAGGGAGGGGAAGCUUGAGCUUUUGGGCCUGAGGUCCCCAUCGAUUUCUCUUGGGGGCUCUUGGAUGGCUCAUGAGGGCAGGCUCUGCAAAGCCAAAGUGGAGAAACUAGAGUGGUCCAAAGUGAGCAGUGCUGGAAAGGCUUCUGCCAUUCCAGAGGGGCAAUACUUGGGUGGGUCUGGGGCACUUCCAUCCUCUAAGCCAGACAGAUUCCAGUCUUUGGCUUCUGUGCAUCCCCUCUGACCCUUUUGAAAGCUGCUGCUGACGUCAGCAGCGCGGGGAGCCCGAAGCCAGAUCCUCGGCCCACCGCGAGGACAAGCGUGCUGCUUGGCUGGCUUGCAAAGAUUCUGCCCGAGGAAGGUGCAGAGCAGUGCAGAGGCUAAUCGGGGAGGAGGGUGGAUGUGCUUUUAUGUCAAGGAUGGGAGGCCUCUGACAAACAUGGUUCCUGGCGGAGACUGACCUGCAUGCUUUAAAAGGGGCUAGAGGUAACCAAAAUCAGACCUUUGGUACCACUUCCGCAGAGUGGACUCCCCGGCUUUGAAGGUGGUAGGGUGAAGUGAGCCGCUACAGAGGCAAACCCCUCCAUCCAUCUGGGUGCCUAGGAAGGAUUUUUGGGCCUUGGCUGUUAAAAUAUGGACUGGAAAGUGCUAAAUGUAAUUGUUCAGAAAUGGAUCUGAACCGGUUUAGAGGAUUUUAUGCUACUCGGAGACGGGGCUUCUUUCUCUGUGGUGGCCUCCUGGUUACUUCUCAGUUAAAGCCAUCCGGCUUGUCUUGAGAUUGCUUUUAUUUUUACCCAGAACAGUCUCCAGUUUUCUUGAUCUAAAAAUGGUCUUGGUUCUUUUUGUUUUCCAAACAACUUGCGUGUUUUGUCUAAAUGUGAAGACAGGUCUGAGAAUCAGCUGGUCCUACUAUUUUCAAAAGCAAGAGAUCAACCCUUGUGAUGCGGCUUAGAAGGCAACGUCCUUGAGAGCUUAAUUUUAGAGUCUGCAGACUCUUGCAUCUCCUUUUGACAGGAGGGUGCUGCUUACACCUUGCCGUGGGUUAACCAUGAUGCCGUCUGUGUGGUUCCCACAGGGGGGCUCGCCCGGCAAACCCCGGGGCCUCAAGCGGACUUGGGACUGUUUGACGCUAGCCCCGUUCUCUGGCUUGCUCUGCAGGGUGCAGACCAGAGUGCAUACUGUGGUUUAUUAGCUUUGCCCGCUUGUAACAGGAGACAGCGCUUCCUGUGUCGGCACACCGCAAUUUGUGUGUUGUGCAGGCUCUUCCUGGGCUGAAUGCAGAUUCUCUGCCUUCAUCAUCAGCCACUUCUUUCCAGACUUCCCCUUCCACCCCACCCUCACCCCCAUCUUUGCUUUAUUUGCUAUUUUGUCUGAUGAAAACUUCAUCCUAUAUUGCGAUUUGAGGUUUGCUUCAUGGGAAUUUUUGGGUAUUUCUACUUUGUGGCUAAGUUUUCAAAACACAGAUGACCUGGUGGGUCAGCAGCAGAUGAACAGGGAUGACCCGGUCAAGUGGGAGCCUUCAAGAGACCCAGCUUCCUCUGUGCUCAGUGGGAGGUGGCAACUGCCCUCUGAACCUCUGUUCUCGUGACCAAGCUGACACAGGAGUUGAGCUCAGCUCCUCCGAAAUUAAUCUUCUCUAACACGCGUGCUGACUGAUGAUGGGGCUUGGAUGGCACACUAGCACCCCCCCAAGGAGUGGAUGGUGCUGGGUGAUUUUUAUGGUUUGGUUACCAGCAGACAGUAAGAGGACCUACAGCCAUGGCCAGCGAGCCAAGAGCAACUCUUGCUGAGUGCGCAGAGUCAGGCUUAAAAUGCAAAGUCAAGAAGACCCCUUGCCGUGCAGGUACCGCAUCCGAUGCGUUACAGUAUUAUUUUGCACUUGGGAAAUAAGAGGAAGGAAAGGGCCCUCAUAAAGUUUUAAUUUCAGUUUAAUAAAUAGAUUUAAUAAUUUAGGAAUACAAAUCUUCCUUUGUUUUGGGUUCUUGAGCUUCUCUCUCGCUGCGUUUUCCUGUUGCUGGUCGUUUAUUUAAUCAUUUUCUUUUUCGGUCCUGGAACUGCACCCUUGCAUUCCACAUUGAAAAUGGAUGGAAACAUUGGCCGUCAUAGUGGGAGCAGGGGACGGAGUGCCCCGUUUCUCGCCAGGCAGGAAAAGCGCUGGCGGGGAAGCAUUACGUUUUUUAAAAUGCACAUAUUUUAUUUAAUGCUCCAAAUGCUUCAUAGCAUUAGAGAGGUUUAGUGCAACAGAUUUAUAAUUAAUGAACGUGCUAUUCUCUCCUAGUGCAAAUGCACGACUCAAAUAAAUAAGUAAUAAUAGUAAUGAAACAGACAGUGGUGGGGGGAGAGCAUUUCUGCCCCAGGGCCAGUUCCCACGAGAAUGAGUGGCGAGAGAAGGGAGGGGGCGAGAGAAGGGAGGGGGCGAGAGAAGGGAGGGGGUUAUUUUGCACGGGCACCAAGCUGGUUCCAAAGCCCAGCCCAGCCCUGCCCUGCCCUCCCCUUUGCGGGUCCGGUAGGUGCGCAUUUCUUCUUGUUUCAGUCAUUCUCUGUCGGCACAGCGCAGUGGGUUGGUCUUCGCUGAGCCUGGGAGCACGCUUACCCUGGUGACCACCCGGGCCAUCUGGGACCUGUGCAGGCAGCCCAGCUGCUACAAGAAUGGUGACCUCCUGACACUUUUUUCCCCUUGCACAUUUGGGGGAAAAAGUCUGUAGUGACCUGAUUGGUGUCGGUGUCACCCGGGGCAGAAUUGGAGGGGUCUUCCUCUCCUGCUUUCUCCCCUGUUUUGUCCUGCUCCGUGGGUGGCUCCAGAGUAGGAAGACCAGCAAGUAGUGCCUGGGAGAGCCCUGUUUUUGCUGGUCUGCUGAAAGACUUGGUCUCUAUGCCUGAAGUGGGACUUUAGCACCCAAUCACCCAGAGCCCUUUUGGCUUCAAUGAACCCUCCAGACCUCAGGCUGUUGAGGUCUUGCUCUCUGCCCCUUUCUGGGUGUCAGUGCAUGUGGGAAUGUCUCCACUUCUACAAUGGUUCAGUCAUGCCAGAUCUUUCUAUUAGAAGUGGUAUUCUCUGUUGGUGAUAAAGGCUGGGGGACCAUUUUUUGACUGUUUUGAUGAAAACUCUCCCAGUCUGUCUCCCUUGAUGGCCCCCUUUUGCUAGCUGGAAGUUGCAGUCCAGCAGUCCUGGCCACUUGGGGCCGGUGGGGGGGUCAGCACCAGCUCCGAAAUCUUCAAGGGGAGGAAGGUUUGUGCUGCUUUUAGCCGACGGGAAGAGUUCUGAACUUAUACCUGGGAGAGAGCAGCCACUCGUGCACCCCUGGAGCAUCUGCACUGGUGGGUUCUACCUGAAGGAGGUGAUCCUGGAGACGCUGGGUGCCGUAGUGAUAUCUUUUCCAGGGUUACAGCCUGUGCUGGUCUUUGACCAUAAUAAAGAUUUGAUGAUGUGGGUUACAGCCUGAUAGUUUCUGGACACACAACAACUUGGUCUUGCAGGGAUUCAGCUUCACCGGUUCCCUGCCUGAUGGGAGGAGCCAGAAAGCUGUUCCUAAGUGGCAGGUGGGAUGUGGGUUCCCAGGGUUUGGUUCUCUUUCAGCCCUGUGCUGUUUCUCUGCAGAGCAUUGUUUCCAAGAAUGCCCUGCAGUUCCGAGGGAGCUCACAACACGAUGCGCAGGAGUUUCUGCUUUGGCUUCUGGACAGAGUCCACGAAGAUCUCCACAAUUUAGUGAAGAACAACGAUGGAAGACCUCCUUUGAAGCCACCAUUGGAAGAAGAUGUGCUGAUUGAGGGAACCAUCUUUCCAGUAAACAGCACUUUUGUUCAGGAACUCUUUCAAGCUCAGUACAGGUCGUCCUUAACAUGUCCUCAUUGCCAGAAGCAGAGCAAUACUUUCGAUCCAUUCCUCUGCAUUUCUCUGCCGAUCCCACUGCCUCACACACGGCCGCUGUACGUCACCGUGGUCUAUCGAGGAAAGUGUUCCCACUGCAUGCGCAUUGGAGUGGCUGUACCUUUGUCUGGAACGGUGGCCCAGCUGAGGGAAGCUGUGGCCAGAGAAACCAAAAUACCUGCCAAACAGAUUGUGCUCACUGAGAUGUAUUACGAUGGCUUCCAUCGCUCUUUCUCUGACUCGGAUGACCUUGACACGGUGCAAGAGAGUGACUGCAUCUUUGCCUUUGAGACCCCAGAGAUCUUCUGGCCAGAGGGAAUCCUAAGCCAGAGAGGAAUCCAUGUCAAUAGUAAUCUGAAUCACUUGAAAUAUGCCAUCGAUCACCCCAAGUCAUCCGCUUAUCCCCAGGCGAGGCUAGAGAGCUGCAGUCCCAGGUCAACGGCGGCAGCUGCUGCCACGAGUGAUAAGAUUGUGCUGUUGGUGUGUAACAGAGCCUGUAGUGGACAGCAGGGAAGGAGGUUUGGCCAGCCCUUCGUGCUGCAUCUGGAGAAGACCAUCCCUUGGGACCUUCUGCAGAAGGAGAUCUUGGAGAAGAUGCAGUAUUUUCUGCGCUCCUCAGCGUGCAUUCAGGUGUGUCCGUUCAGCUUGCGAGUGGUCAGCGCUGUGGGCAUAACAUACCUCUUACCUCAGGAAGAGCGGCCUCUCUGCCACUUGAUGGUGGAACGAGCCCUGAAGUCCUGUGGGACAGGCGGAGUCCCCCACGUGAAGCUGGUGGUCGAAUGGGACAAGGAGACGAAAGACUACUUGUUCAUCAGUACAGAGGAGGAGUACGUCCCGGACGCCGAGAGUGUCCGCCAGCAGAGGGCGCUGCACCAGCAGCCUCAGUCCUGCACCUUAGCCCAGUGUUUCCAGCUCUACACCAAAGAGGAGCAGCUGGCCCCCGACGAUGCCUGGCGCUGCCCCCACUGCAAGCAGCUGCAGCAAGGAAGCAUCAGCCUGAGCCUCUGGACCUUGCCCGAUGUGCUGAUCGUUCACUUGAAGCGCUUCCGACAGGAAGGAGACAGGCGGAUGAAGCUUCAGAACAUGGUCCGGUUUCCUCUGACUGGCCUUGACAUGACCCCUCAUGUGGUCAAGCGAAGCCAGAGCAGCUGGAGCCUUCCCUCCCACUGGUCCCCGUGGAGGCGUCCCUACGGCCUCGGAAGAGAUCCAGGAGAUUUCGUCUACGACUUGUAUGCGGUGUGCAACCACCAUGGCACCAUGCAGGGGGGGCACUACACAGCCUACUGCAAGAACUCCAUUGAUGGCCUCUGGUACUGCUUCGAUGACAGCGACGUGCAACAGCUGCCGGAGAAUGAGGUGUGCAAGCCAACCGCCUACAUCCUCUUCUACCAGAGGCGGCCGGCCGUUCCUUCCUGGUCGGCCAACAGUUCUGUGGCAGGUUCCACCAGCUCUUCCUUGUGCGAACACUGGGUGAGUCGGCUUCCAGGCAGCAAACAGCCCAGCGUUGCUUCUGCGGCUUCCUCCAGGCGCACCUCGUUGGCCUCCCUCUCGGAAUCAGUGGAGCUGAUGGGGGAGCGGAGCGAGGACGACGGAGGGUUUUCGACCCGGCCCUUUGUGCGGAGCGUUCAGCGCCAGAACCUGUCUUCCAGAUCCUCGGUGACCAGCCCUUUGGCUGCGAGCGAAAAUGGAAUCCGCCCUUCGUGGUCCCUGUCAGCCAAGCUGCAGAUGCGCUCCAACUCGGCUUCUCCCGUUCACGGCUCCUCUGCCACUCUGGAGAGAAUUGGAGAGACGGGGGAUGACCGAGUUGCCACCUCCUGCUUUGGCAGCCGGCGGAGUCUCUCCGGCAGCCACCUGGAGCCUGGGGAGGGGGAAGGCCGCCACCGCGGCCAGCAAGACUCUCGGACAGUUGGCAGGGCCCCUCUGGCAGUUAUGGAAGGCGUCCUCAGAGACGAAGCCCCAGCGUGGAAAUCAGGCUCCUCCAGCAAGACGGGCACGCAGACAGACAGAAGCGAAUCCGCUCUGGACCCCUUUGACAACAACAAUCAAAUAGCCUUCGUUGACCAGAGCGAUUCUGUGGAGAGCUCUCCUAUCAAGGACAGUCAGAGCUUUGGUUGGUUGGCCAAGCCGGAUGGCAGCAGCCCCCCCCAGGCCCUGCCCCCCCAGGACAGCUCAGGGCCGGGUAGUGGCUUGAAGUCAGGGCGGGCGGUCUUGUCCAGCCAGGAUUCCCUGACGUCGCACCGGUCGGUUGCUUCCCCCCCUCCCUCUAAGGGUUUGCCGAAGGGGCCCCGUUCCCGGAGCAAGCUGGACUCCUGCCGGGCCAGUGGGCGCCCCAGCUCUCCCGCCUCCAGGCCGGGCAGGAAGGAAACAGGCUCGAAGGGCCCCGAGGCCACUUCUGCUGCCUCUGCCCAGCAGAAGCACCGGUCGGUUUCCUCACCUUCUUCCUCUGCAGCAGCUAGAAGGAGCUCCUCAGGGUGCUCUGUGCGGGGGCACCCGCCCUCUGGCAAAAGCCGGACUUCGGACCGCAACCUUGGUAGGGAGGGCUCCAAGCUGAGCAUGGGCUCGGAGAAGACGGGUGUCGCUGCCAGCUCGCGAACAAACUCCCCUCGGCUAAGCCAGGCACGCGGGGAGGGCAAGGCGCCUGAGAGCAAGCACGUGCGCAGCACCUCCCUGGCCAGCCUCCGUUCACCCAGCACUGGCCCCCGUUCCAGCCUGAAGAGGGACAGCAAGUCGGAGGAGAAAGGCUUGUCCUUCUUCAAAUCUGCCCUCCGCCAGAAGGAGACCCGGCGGUCGGCUGACCUGGGCAAGACCACCCUGCUGGCGAAGAAGGUGGGGGGUGGCUCCACCAAGGCUGCUGGGAAAACCCUCUCCGAGGAGAAGCUCCCAGACAAGGCCGCCAUCCCUGACGCCAGCGCAGCCGCCAAAGCCCCCUUGCUGCCAGGCAAGCGCUCCCUGCUGACUGCUUGCAAAUCACCGUCUUCACAGCUGGAGGGCAGCCCCAAGUCCCCUGGCGGGGGCAGGCUAACCACCAACAAGGCUUUGCACAGGGUCCCCCCUGGGGUGCCCUCCUCCACCCGCACAUCUUCCACGUCUCCGUGAUCCGCUGCUGCUCGGCCGCUGCUCAGCUGCCCCGGGGGGGUUGGCUUCCUUCUUCGCUUUCCGUGGAUGAGGAGAGCCUCCCUGCUCAGGGCCUUCUGGUUCUGCCCUCGUACCAAAUAGCCACCGGCAGCUGCAGGGCUGCCGAAGGACCCUGCUGCUGCUCUCCUGCAGCCUGUCCAGAGAGGCCUCCCAAGUGUGCGGCUGCUGGCCGGGUCCUCUCGCCAGGCGUGCUCUCCUGGGGCCUCUCCUGGGCAGGUGGUAGCCCAGCUCUGUGAGCUGAGGAGGCGCACAGAGGGAGCCCGGGAUGCCAGGCGGUCCCUUGGUUCUGCCGUACUACCCUCCCACUUCAGCCCCCCGUGUUGCAAGCUUCUCCGAGGGCAAUAUCUCAGCGCUCACAUUAUUUCUCAGGUAAAUGCUCAGCCAGAACUAGGAGGAACCGAAGACUCUGAGAAAGGUGCCUUCUCUCUCUCUUGAGGGAUGUUCGCGUUCUUUUUGUUCUGAGAGGUUUCUGUUGGGGUGUGUGUUGUUGUUUUUAUAGCCUGUCCUGUCUGGGGCCGCCUCCGUUCGGAUGGUUCCCUGUCCUUCGGGCCAAGGGAGGGAGGGACUGGUCGCAGCUUGGAAGUGAGGAGCCGUGGGCAGGAAGGGGACGGUUCAAGAGGAGGGGGCUGUGAGGGUGGCAGUGGAAGGCAGGUUUCUGUGCUGGCCCUGGGCACUUGGUACAGUUCCAUCCCCUUCAAGGGAUGGUGGCUGGCAGUGCUGCUGGUGGGAGGAGCGCUCUGGUUUGUGGAUCCGACUGGAACAAGGGUCCUCAUGUUCUCACUCAUUCUCCUGUGGGUGGCUUUUCAGUGCAGGCCUCCUCUUGCCCCAGCACUGUCUGGAAUCAGGAAUGCGUCUUCUGCCCCAUGUUCUUCCUCCUCCCUUCCCUGGCAGUCCUGGGUGCUUUGAGCUCCUGAAACCCACCUCAUUCUUUCUUGCUCCGCUAUUCCCAAACGGUCUCCGUGUCUGGUGGCUUGGGUGCGGACGUGCAGAAAGGAAGGAUGUCUUAGAUCCUCUGUGAAUUCUGCAUGGCAGUGUGCUUCUUCCCCAGGCAAAGAGGCUGCAGCAACUGCAUUUUUCUUGCUAUCCCUGCUUUGGAGGUUUCCUCCAAAUGAACCAAGCCCCUCUGUGGUUGAUUCUCUUUUUGCUGCUCUCUUCUGUGUGCGGCUCAGGGGGCUUGAUCUUUGCCCUGCGGGCAGCUCCAGAAAGGGGCUGUUGACUUGUGUUCCGUGCCCCCUCCUCAGUCUUGGGCUAGAUCUCUGUAAGCAAGGGUGCCUCUGUUAAUGGGUCACUUACUUGCUGCACACCCUUGGAAAGGGACUGGGGGCUCCCUUCACGCGUUGUAGGAACUUUCAGGAACUCAUCUCUCCCACUUUGCAGGGUUUGACCCCUUUCUUUGCAAUCAUCUUUCCCAGCUGUAGCAUUGGGAUGAAAUUCCCAGAAUUCCUAGCCCCCAUGCCACGGCUUCCUGUAAGCCAUGAUCAUGUCGCAUUUGGGAAGCACCAGGUUGGAGAAAUCUGCUUCUGUUGAAAUGAGGAUGAACAAAGAUGCUUCAGUUUGAGGAAGAACAGCUGGUUCCCAGGUGGUGGUGAAGGAUUGUAGGCUGGCCUCUGUCCACGUGAAGCACAACGGGAAGUGCUUAUUUUCUGUAGCUGGGUUCAUGGAGGUACACCAAGGAGGAGGAGAGCCAGUGGGUGCAGGAGUCCGUUUGACCCUUGAGGGGUGCCUCUCUUAGUGUCUGUCCCCCACUCAAACUGACAUUUUUGUGGAGUAACACUAGUUCGCCCAGAACAGUCUUCUGAAGCUCUGUGUGGCUGGUCUUUGGACCCCGGGCCUGGAUCCUCUUAUGAUGGGGACUUGCUGUUGGUUCUCCCUUGUCCCAUGGAUCUCAUUUGAUUGAGAAAAGACCCAACUGUUCUUGAGAUCCUCAGCUGCCAACUUGUCAUUUAGGGCUUGUUGGACAUUUCUUUGAAUAAGUUGGCCUGAGAGUCAAGGUGUUGAUUAUUGGAAUAUCAUAUCUAAGGAAGCUUCUACACUUCUUGGGGUUGAGUGGGGUGGGGUGGGGAUUGGUAGUAACUAAUUCUAGCAUCCUUCAAAGAGGAUGGGAACUGCACUCAUCCUCAACUGGCAUAUUUCUUCCUUGUGUGGUCACAUUUCCAAUGCAGAAGAGUCCAGUUCCUCAUCCCAGAAGGCUUUCUGUGCUUUGGGAUUAGAUUAUUAGGUUUGUGUUAAUUGUACCUUCAAGGAACUGUUCAGAAGAGGUACCUUGAACACUUCAUAUUACUUGUCCUCGACACACCAAAUGGAGCGCGACUACGGCAAGCCUUGCUUUAAGUCUUUCAAGCAUAAAUAAGGCUCAGAUCAGUUCAGAGAAGUGUUGAGACAGGAAACCUCCAUGUUCUAGGCGUAUGUGACUUAAUUCUGCAGACAGUUCUUUGCUUGGCAAUCACAUCUGGAAUGUUGAGCAUGGCCAGUUACUUUCCCCCUAAAUACUGAAGUUAAAUUUGCAUGGCACUGCCCAGCUCUUCCCUAUGCAUGCCCAUAUUAAGUAUGCACACAGCUCUUGCAAGCUACAAUAGAACACACUAUGGCAAGGAUAGGCAGCCUGUUUUCCUCCAGAAGUUUUUGAGUUGCAACUCCCAGCAUCCCUCACCAUGGGCUGUGCCACCUCAGGAUGGUGGGGGUACCAUCUGGAGGCUGUAGCUCAGGUAACCUGGGCUGGGCUGCAAGAAUUUGGGAUGGAGUCCAACCUACACUGGAUGCGUCUGAGGGACCAGAAGCCUUUGCUCCUUGCCUUGGUAGGCACCCAAAAUAGCUUCCUUCGUGUGAUCCUUGGUUUACUUCUGUGGAUAUAAAACUUAGCUGUGGAGUACUUAAAAGAAGGCAGGCAGUUUCUCUCAUUGUAGGCUAUAUUUUUGUUCCUAAGCAAGAACAAUCUAUGCAGCUUUUACCCCAGUGAUGGCGAACCUUUUGGGCUCGGCGGGUCAAAAAUUCAGAAAAUGCCUAACUUGACUCUGCUGGCAUGUCA